GACCAUGACUUCAGCAUGAGACCAGGUUUUGGAGGCCCUGCAAUUCCUGUUGGGGUGGAUGUCCAAGUUGAAAGUCUGGACAGCAUUUCUGAGGUGGACAUGGACUUCACCAUGACACUUUACCUGAGGCACUACUGGAAAGAUGAGAGGCUGUCCUUCCCCAGCACCAACAACCAAAGCAUGACCUUUGAUGGCAGACUGGUGAAGAAGAUCUGGGUCCCCGACAUGUUCUUUGUGCACUCCAAGCGUUCCUUCAUCCACGACACCACCACAGACAAUGUCAUGCUGCGGGUCCAGCCAGAUGGGAAGGUACUUUAUAGCCUCAGAGUUACAGUAACAGCAAUGUGCAACAUGGAUUUUAGUCGCUUUCCCCUGGACACACAGACAUGUUCUCUGGAGAUUGAAAGCUAUGCCUACACAGAAGAUGACCUUAUGCUCUACUGGAAGAAUGGGAAUGAUUCCCUAAAAACAGAUGAGAGGAUAUCACUGUCCCAGUUCCUGAUUCAGGAGUUUCACACCACCACAAAGCUUGCCUUUUACAGCAGCACAGGGUGGUACAAUCGCCUCUAUAUAAACUUCACAUUGCGCCGACACAUCUUCUUCUUCCUGCUCCAAACCUACUUCCCUGCCACUCUCAUGGUCAUGCUUUCCUGGGUGUCCUUCUGGAUCGACCGACGAGCAGUUCCUGCCAGAGUCCCAUUAGGAAUAACCACUGUGCUGACCAUGUCCACGAUCAUCACUGGGGUGAAUGCCUCCAUGCCUCGUGUUUCCUACAUCAAAGCAGUGGACAUUUACCUGUGGGUCAGUUUUGUGUUUGUCUUCCUCUCGGUGCUGGAAUACGCGGCUGUGAAUUACCUGACAACGGUGCAAGAGCGGAAGGAGAGGAAACUGCGGGACAAGCCUGCCUGUGCAUGCAGCCUACCUCAGCCCCGGCCCAUGAUGGUGGACGGCAGCUACACCGAUGGGGACGUGAACGAGCUGGGGCACUUCAUGUCCGAGGAUGGGGACAAACAGGACCGGAUGAUGGUGCAGCUGGCACUGGGCUCGGAGAGGGGCUCGGCCAGGAGGAAAAACCAGAGAUAUGUCAGCAUGCGCAUUGACACCCAUGCCAUCGACAAGUACUCCAGGAUAAUAUUCCCUGGGGCAUACAUUCUGUUUAAUUUGAUAUACUGGUCCAUUUUUUCAUAA